CCGCCACCGGGGGCAAACAGCGCCACACAGGCUCGGGCACUCUCGUCACCAAGCCCGACGCCGGGUAAGGCUCAACUUCAGACACUCUCGCCAUGGUCCUCAGCGGUCCCCUCGGCCCUUCACUCGCCCCUGCCAUCCUCAAGACCAGGGGACUCUACAGAUGGAUGAAGCCCAUUGCUGACUGGUACGCCAACUUGGCUGGGUACCGGAAGGUCGGCUACAAAUACGAUGACCUGCUCGUUGAGGAGCGUGAGGACGUUCAGCGGGCUCUGACACGCUUGACUCCUCGCGAGGCAUACGACCGCCAGUUCCGGCUGAAGCAGGCUUCGCAUUGCAGUGUCCUCCAUGAUGUCCUCCCCAAGGAGAAGUGGACAAAGCCUGAAGAGGAUGUCCGCUACCUCAAGCCUCAUGUAGAAAACGUAGAGAAGGAGGCACUCGAGAGGCGGGCCUGGGACAACAUGGUUCUGUCCAAGAAGUAAACGGCACGGCUCCUGCUUGCCCGCUUGGAUGAGGAGGCAUGCUCCGCUGCAGACCGGACCCUUAGAAUUUGCACCUCUACAUUUGUAUAAUGCGCGGGUCUAAUGCGAACCUUCUCCGAAGCAUCACCAGACAGACACCUGAGGCCUGCCAGUCACUCUAUCACCCCGCCAUGUUC